CCUCAACUCGCAAAACUCCAAAAAGUUGACUUCCUGGAACGAAGCGACACGGACACGCCCACUGCGGGCCGUGCCAAAGGGGAUACGUGCGUCAAGAUGAUUCACUUGUAGGUGAACUUUAAAGGGAUAGUUCACACACAACUUUAACAUCCACUCAUUAUCUACUCACCGAUGGAGGAGGUGGGUGAAGUGUUUGAGUCUAAAAAAACACUUCUGGAGUUUCAGGAGUAAACAGCUUUGCAGCCAAAUCCAAUACAGUUGAAGUAAAUGGGGACCAAUCUGAUAUCCUCCUCUGGAGCCGUGUUUGUUUGAGGAUAUCAGAGGAUAUUUAGUCUAUAAACAUGGUGUAAAUGAGGCAGUUUCAAGUCAAAUGUAUAUUGUCGGGGCUCAGGGACACUUGGAUGACACCACAGGAGCAGCAUGGAGCCAUGUUAUGGUUUUAUCUGUUUGAAGAAGGGGUCGCCAGUUACCUUAAUUGGAUUCUGCUGCAACGCUGUUUACCCCGGAAACUCCAAAAGUGAUUUGUGGACUCAAACACUCCAUCGGCACAGUGGUAAGCAGAUAAUGAGUGAAUUUUCCUUAUCUGGCUAAUCCUGUUGAAGUGACACAUCUUGUCUCGGCUGCACUCUUUGGCUGUUUCUCAAGUGACAAAUAGUGACGUCAAAAGAAACUCCUCCCCUUUCCAUGACUCCUCUUCCUUGCAUGAACACCUGAGCCUCAGACUCACCUGUGCUCAGGUGUGAGGAGGUGUUCAGGGGUGAGGAAGUGCUCAGGUGUGAGGAGGUCUGAGGAGGUGCUCAGGUGUGAGGAGGUCUGAGGAGGUGUUCAGGUCUGAGGAGGUCUGAGGAGGUCUUCAGGUGUGAGGAGGUCUUCAGGUGAGAGGAGGUGUGAGGAGGUCCUCAGGAGGUCACUGUGACUGAAGGAUUCUACUUUUCCUCCUGUGGAUGUGUCAACAUCAGCUAAAUGUAGAAGAAGAGGUUGACACCCGUCCUAAACCGCUGUGAGGGCACAGGAAGUGAAGGGGUUGUGCCAGGAUGAGGACAGAUGUCGGGUUGGCUCUGCUCUUGCUGCUGUCUGCAGCUGUUGAGUCCAACAGGAGCUGAUGCUUGUUUGUCGCAUGUGUUGCCAGGCAUGUCUCCACCAGGGAAACCAGUCCUCCUCGGCUGCAGGUCCCCUGAGAAGGAGACAUUUACCUGCUGGUGGGAGCCGGGCUCUGACGGGGGGCUGCCGACCACGCAUCGCUUCUUCUAUGAGAGAGAAAGACUGGAGGGAACACACGAGUGUCCUGACUACCUCUCUGCAGGGAAGAACUCCUGCUUCUUUGACAAGGUCCACACCUCCAUCUGGGUGGAUUAUUAUCUGACAGUGGUGGCCUCCAAUGCAUUAGGGAACGCCACUUCAGACACCUUUAAGAUUGAUGUCAUGGAGAUUGUGAUGCCCGACGCUCCUGGAAACAUCAGCCUGCAGGUGAUGAAGACGGAGGACAACCCGUUUCUCCACGUCCAGUGGGAGAGUCCCCAAAACACAGACACCAAGUCAGGAUGGGUCACCAUUAAAUAUGAACUCAGAUUUAAACAAGAGGACGGCAACGAGUGGAAGGAGUACACGUCAGGAACACAAACCCAAUUCAACCUGUACAACAUCGAUCCCGGGGUGACGUACGUGGUUCAGGUCCGCUGCAGGUUAGACCACAGCUCCUGGAGCGAGUGGAGCAACUCUACCUCUGUGAAAACCUUCAACUAUCCUCAGAGUGAGAAACCCUUCUGGAUAUUGCUCUCCAGCCUCUCUACAGUUCCAUUUCUAACAAUGUGUGUCUUGGUCAUGAAGAGGAAAUAUGUGAAGCAGUGUCUCCUGCCUCCGGUUCCUGGUCCAAAGAUACGAGGAAUUGAUGUUCAGCUUCUCAAGAGUGGACGAUCUGAAGAUGUCAACAACGCCCUGAUCAUCAACCAGACCUUUCCUUCUGUGGCGGCCUGGAAGGACGAGAGCGAGGAGUAUUUAAUCGUGUCGGAUGACGUGCGUCUGCCCAACUCGUCCAGUUCUCAAAAAAGGAAGAAAAGCUUGACUAUUGCUGCUGGCUUCCUCUUGAACUUUGAAACCCACUGCAAGGAGCCGACCCCGGGCCAAAGUGACAGGGAGAAGGCCGAGGAAAGAAAGAAUGAAAUAAAUAACUUUGCAAACAGCAAUGCGUCUCUCUCAGGAGUGGGUUUAUUUAAAAAGGAGACACUGCCAGAGGCGGCAGAUCAGAGGUGGUCGAGCCGCGACCCUGCAGCUGAGAGCAGUGUCCAGCUUCUCUCAAACUGCGGUUACGUGGAUAUUCACAGACAUAAGAACACGCAGGAGGUGGAUGUGAGUGAGGUGGACUACACCAGAGUGAAGGAGGUGAACGGUGACAAUAUUCUCAUCCUCCAUAAAGACAGAGUCCAUGGCUGCGUGGAUGUUCAGAGGCGAGAGGAGAACAUACCAGAGGACUACAGCAGGGUGGAGGAGGUGGUCGGCGACAAUCAGCUCCUCCUGCAGAGACAAAGCACCUCCGCUGACUCCUCCUGUGGGGAGAAGAGUGACCGCUACACAGAGUUCACCAAUAAGAAGCCGAGAAAUCCUCAUGAAACUGGAGCCAGUGUCUCCAAAGUGGGCCCAGAACUAAUCGUCAGUGAAUAUGUUGAUACUUUCCCUAAACCGCCUUUAAUGUAAAGUGUAAUUUCACAUGAAAAGUCCAAAAUAAAAAAGACCGAUGAUCCAAGUGAUUUACAAAGAUUUUAACAAUUAAAUGAGCCAUAUUCUGCUCAUAUUCAGGUUCAUAAUUUAUGUUAUUACUUGAAAAGGUUUACAAGCUCUAACGUACAAAAACAGAUCACUUUCCUCAGACUGUCCAUUGCUGCACCUCCUCUUUUCAGCCUCUGUCUGAAACACUUGAUUUCAGCUCCUGUCUCUUUAAGGCCUCCUGAUAAAACCAAGUCUGCUCUGAUUGGUCAGCUGGCCCACUGUUUUGAUUGGUCAUGGUCACCAGAGGAAGACCCAUACUGACCUUGAUGAUCCCCUUAUGUGUCCUCUGUUAACGUGUGUGGUACAAAGUGAAUAUAUAAUAAUACAUUGUGUCAACUAUCAGAUGCAUUGC